AUAAUAUAUUUAUUGCGGACUAUAAGGAUUUGGUUGACUGGCGAUAUGGAAAGCAAUGUAUAGUUUGGAAGUGAUAAAUUAAAGUGCUAUAAUUGUGGUUAGUGUCUUUUCAGAGCUAGUCCAUUAGAGCAGUUUGAUUUAUAAUUGUUGAACCUGCCAUCCGUCACUUCGGUGCUUUUUUGCCUUCCCUAAUCCUCGUUAAGUGCUGUCUUUUCUCAGAAUUUUUUAAAAUCAGAUUUUUACUUUAUUCAUUUGCAUCUCGUUAACUGUAAACUGACCCAUUUUUUCUCACAAGCAAGUAUACGAUUAUCGAUGUGAUGGAUGCAAAGUGAUUCAAGCUUUGAAGCUACAACUGAAUUUUCAGAUCUCUGUUGUGAAACUGUUGCUUUCAAAGUUCUUUGGUGGAAUGUACAAAAUAUAUGUUGCGCAUCUACACUGCUUUAACAUUUGUGCAUGUGUAGUAGAUAUACUCGGAUAAUCAUAUGUUUGUGUUUAAUGCGUUCAGGAUAUUUCCAGUUUAUGACCUGAUGUUGGAAGUUGCACCUAAUGAUUUUCAUGCUGGACCUCUUUGUAGAUGUUUGGCACUGAUAUAUAAUAUAGAGUUCAAGUCACAAAGUUAAUGAGGGGGUUGAUCCACCUAAAUCAGAAGAAGUAGAGCAUUCUCGUGAUCAGGUCGGGAAUUCCACCUCACAAAAAAAGUACAGUGCAUGAUACUAGAUAUUUCAUCAUUAAGAGUUUGAAUCAUCAAAAUAUCCAACUAUCAAUUGAGAAAGGAAUUUGGGCUACUCAAGUCAUGAAUGAACCAAUUUUGGAAGAAGCCUUUCAUAACUCUGGUAAAGUAAUUUUAAUAUUCAGUGUCAACAUGAGUGGUGCCUUCCAAGGGUAUGCUCAAAUGAUAUCUUCUGUUGGAUGGAGACGAGACAAUGUAUGGAGUCAAGGAAGUAGUAGAAGUAAUCCAUGGGGACGAAGUUUUAAGGUCAAAUGGCUUCGGCUAAAUGAUCUUCCUUUCCAAAAGACUCUUCAUCUCAAAAAUCCAUUGAAUGAGUACAAACCCGUUAAAAUUAGCAGAGACUGCCAGGAGUUGUCUCCAGAUGUUGGAGAAGUUCUUUGUGAGCUUCUUGAUGGGACGGAUGAUGUGCACGGCUUACCGAACGGUAUUCCCAUGGAUGAUUUUCCUUCAAAAAGGCCUUGUUUAGAGCCUCCAUGUUCAUUAGGGGAGGAAGAGUAUAAUGUGGGUCCCAUGCAUCUAUCGUGGUCCCAGACACCCAUGAUGUAUCCUUCGUUUCUUUACCAGCAGCAGGCUGAAGCAAAUAGAUAUCCUUUAGCAAAUCAGAGAUCUACUGAAAGUCGUCUAGCUAGCUUUCUUCUGACUGAAGAUGAUUUUUUGGAAAUGUCUUAUGAAGAAUACCUGGAGGCCCAAAGCAGAAGUUGCAAGGAAUUAUGUCUGCCUGGUUCUAGAUCAGAGGAAUCAUCAAGAAGUAGAAUGCAGGAACAUGAUUCAAACUUAAGCUAUGCAAGCUACCGCAGCUGCUCAAGGAAAAGGCCUCAUCAUUCAUCCCACAGGCAAUCACAAUACUGAUGUAGCCAACCUCCCUUGGUCUUUUUGGAUAAUAGCUUUGUCAUCUGACGGAGUUUUGCAUUUCCAUGGUGGCAAAACAUCCAGUGAAGUCAUUUCAAACUUUCGUAAACCCUUGUGUCCUGUUGUGUACAUGUAUACUGUUUUUUUUCCCAGAUGGGACUGUUCUUGGGGCUAGUUACUAAAUUGUACAGUUAUUGAAUCGGCAACUGAGCCCCGACCACUCCUUCAUAUUGACCUAGAUUAGAUGAAUGAAUGUUAUGGAUUCAACGGUGCAGUUUUUUACGGUCACCAAUUUAGCAGCCUAGUUUGUUCUGAUGUAAAAUUGUUUUUAUCCAUCGAUGUCUGUAUUCUGAUUCUCUGUGUGAUGUUUUUAGGCUUCACAUUGAAGAAAAUUCUUGGUAGUUAAA